GUUCCUUGAUCUGUGUUCCUUGAUGCGUUUGUUCUCGCUCGGCACGAGGCACACUAGACACACCGCAGAUGCGCUUGGGCCGUUUAUUCCAGCCUUGCCACGUUCUCGCCACUCGAUCUGUCUUCCCACUCCCAUCCUUUACUCGCCUUCCCGAAUCUUCCACCGUGCUCCCCCAUCCCUGUCCCGCCCUACUCCCCCCCAUUCUCCUCUCCCUCUCUCCGCCACUCUCCCCGCUGCCCCCCGCGCCACAUUCCCGGCCUUUCCCUGCCUUCCAAGGUUAUUCCCUAGUAUACACCCACGUGGCAGUCAGUAAUCAUGUCCCAUCCAAGAUAUCACGCGAGCAGCCCGUCGUCGCGUCUUCCCCCCCACAGUUCUUCCACUCUACCCUCGCUCCUUCCCGCAAUCCCCUGAGGAACCUGACCAUCAUUUGGCAGCGACCAAUCAGUGGGAUAUUGGAGUAACCUACAGGCCAGACAAAAUAUUCCUCUUUGCACCUGCAGGGAGCGUCCUUUCCGGCAUGGAUCUAUACCCGAUGAUCACUCCCUUAUCAAAAGACUUUGGGAGCAUCAGUGUGAAGAUGUCAAUGAGGGGGAACGAAUGCAGGGUAAAAAGUUAUCCAUGUCUGGUCCAUGUACUCCGUAGUCAGCUACAAAAAUAUGACGCCAAAACUAUGUCAGGGGUGAUCAAACAGAUGACAGCUGCCCAACACUUAAUCAAGGAGGUCACCACCACGGAGGAGGAGGAAUGUGGAGGAUUUAGAAUUUGCCCUCCCAGUCGUGGCUAGCAGAGCUGAUUGAAGAUGGCCGUCUGUUUCGCGCACCAUGGAGCAACCAUACGCUUUCGGUCUUUUUGAACGCCCCCGGAAUUUCAUCACUGCUCUUCAUCGUGGGCCUCUCUUCCAAGAGCUGAUAGUAGACGCUUGGGCUCAAACGUGGGUCUGACCGAGUCCGCUGUACAUAGAUAUGUACGGAUGGGGAUGGAAAAUGUAGAUGAGACCGAGUAGAUAGACUUUGUUACCAACAUGCCAAUUAUUCACAC